GUGUAAAACUCUUAUACCUGCAGUCAGAACAAAUUCCGAAAUGAGGUGGCAGACCUCCAUUUCCUCAGGCACUGGUUGCUAGAAUAAAACAUUGCGCAACAGAAUAAAUAGAGAGAAAUGAAACCAAGAUCCGCCUUCAGCAUCUUGGAGAAUCGAAAGUAACAGCAUCCAGGAGGCAGCGGCUGCACCCAGGACUCCUCUACUACACCUGGGAGAAGAGGCUGCGGCUGCACCCAGGACUCCUCUACUACACCUGGGAGAAGAGGCUGCGGCUGCACCCAGGACUCCUCUACUACACCUGGGAGAAGAGGCUGCGGCUGCACACAGGACUCCUCCACUACACCUGGGAGAAGAGGCUGCGGCUGCACACAGGACUCCUCCACUACACCUGGGAGAAGAGGCUGCGGCUGCACACAGGACUCCUCUACUACACCUGGGAGAAGAGGCUGCGGCUGCACACAGGACUCCUCUACUACACCUGGGAGAAGAGGCUGCGGCUGCACACAGGACUCCUCUACUACACCUGGGAGAAGAGGCUGCGGCUGCACCCAGGACUCCUCUACUACACCUGGGAGAAGAGGCUGCGGCUGCACACAGGACUCCUCUACUACACCUGGGAGAAGAGGCUGCGGCUGCACCCAGGACUCCUCUACUACACCUGGGAGAAGAGGCUGCGGCUGCACACAGGACUCCUCUACUACACCUGGGAGAAGAGGCUGGGACUGCACACAGGACUCCUCAGCCAUGUCCCCGCCGGACACCUGUGUCUUCUGCAAAAUGUCAGGCGAGGAUAAAAUUACAGGAGAGAUGCAGAGGACUCCGGACGGGACGAUAGUGGCGCACUACAACUGCAUGUUGUAUUCCCCUCGGGUCUUGUCGAUAGAUUCAGAAGAGGAUGAAGAAGAAUUUGAAUUUGAUAUUGAAUCUGUUCAAUCGGAAAUAGAGAGAGGGAAAAAACUGCGAUGUAACAUUUGUAGGAAAUCCGGAGCAACUGCCGGCUGUGACGUCAGAUCCUGCCCGAGAAGAUAUCACUAUCCAUGUGUACAAAAAGCUUACGGUUCUUCUAAUCCAAAUGGAUAUGUUGUAUAUUGUAAAGACCAUAAAAGUAAGAAUACUGCUGAUGGCUCAAAGGACACGGAUGGAAAACCUAAAAAGCGCACAUCGAGGUCAUCGGCCAACCAGCCCCUGAUCUGGGAAGACUGUCCUGAAGUGGGUGAUGGUUGUAAACGAGGGAUAGUUAUUCGUACCUCCGGGAAAUGUAUUGGACAUAAAGACGUGUAUUAUUUGAGUCCGAAAGGAGAAAAGUUCAGAAGCAAGAAAGAAUUACAAAGACUUAUGGACAAGUCUAUGGACCCAUCAUCAUCCAAGUCUAAAGACAGAAGAACACAAUCACCAGCUGAAAAGAUGUCCAGUCAGCAAUAUGAGGAUUCUAGAAGACGCAGUUUAAGCAGUGACAAGGCUGUGUCUAAAAGAAAACAUCGGACCUGUCGAAACUGCAGUGAACCUUUACCUGACGAUUAUGAGGGCAUACUAUGUAGAGAUUGCCUUCAGGAGGAAUCAGUGAAAACUGUCAACACCCAGCAGAAUUCUUGUCGGGAUCAAUACCCAAUCAAUACCGGAUCAAUACAGAAAUUGACUGACCAGGGGAAUAGCCAUGAUGUUCCCCCGAAGAAGCGGCCAUACAUCUUGCAAGAUCAAGAUGUAACAGAUCUUCCAGCUUCUAUAGAUAGUCUGGAUGAUUUGCAGGAGGAAGGAGAAGGUGAUGGUGGUAACUCUGCUGAUGGGGUGUCUGCAGUUCGAUGCCAGCCAAAUAGAUCAUCCGGCAGCACAUACUCACCUCAGGCAACACCUGAUCAGACCUCCGAACCAGCAACUUCAAGUAUGGUCCCAAUCAAUGCACAAGCAGGAACUUGUAAUGGCAACGAUGCUGCCGCUGCUCCUGGACCAAACAACGAUUCUCAAGUCCUGCAACAUUUGAACAGGAGUGCACAUGUAGAGCCAGAAGAAAGCUUCCUACAAAGCCUAGUCCCAUAUCUUCACAAGAUCCCAAUCACAUGUCGGCUGAAGGUGAAAGGGGCCAUUAUUGCUCUGUUGCAGGCUGCAAUGUCUCAAAAUGACUCACAAAGCAUUUUUCAUGCAAUUAACCUGUGGCAACUGAAGAAUGAGGGCCCAGCAGAUGUUGGGGCUCCGUAACUAACACCUGUGACUCCAGGAUCACCAACUCCAGGGGCACCACAGUACCAACACAUGACUUAUGUGUUGUCCCAAUACAGCCAGAAUAGUAUAAAUACUUUAGGCAAGCAUAUUACAGCCAUUCUACCACAGGCCAUCAUAUCUGAGGCAAAUGACACACAUCUACAGCCAGGUUCACAUCACCGUUUAGCUUUCCGUUCUACUGAUCCGUCAGAAGAAUAGAAAAAAAAAAAAAAAAUUAUCCUUAAAGGGAACCUGUUCCCUUUAAGGCCGUUUCUGUGAUCUGUCUGCCAGAUCCAGCACAAAUGUUGGAUGCUGGCAGGGCAAAAAACAAAAACAAAACGGUGCACGCAAUGUUUUUUGUCCGGCUGAAACCUGGCAUUUAUGACGGAAAUCGGCCGCAUCAGUGCAGGACUCCAUUGCAGUCAAUUGGGAUCCAGCGGUGAAGUAGAACAAUGGAACAGCCUGCCGGAUCUGAGAACGGAGAUAUGAACGAGCCUUAUUUUGAGCAUCAGUUGUGCUCAGUUACGAUUAGUUUGCACUUAAAAUAACUGAUCUGUCUUUUUUUGAGCCUCAAUUAUUAUCAGUUUGUGUCAGUUCUGUGAGAGCUUAGUUUUUUUGACAGUUGAAAAAGUACUGCAUGCUGGACUUUUCUCCCAUCAAAAAUAGCUGAUCUCUGACAGAACUGAUGUAAACUGAUCAUAACUGAUGCUCAAAGAAACGAGAUCCGUUUUUUUUUUUCCGUUCUGACACAUCAGAAGAAUGGAAAGCUAAACGGUGAUGUGAACUCAGCCUACCUUGGACAUCAGGGACCUGAGCCAGUGGUUUUCAUCAAGAUGAUUGUCAGCAUAUUUGCCAGAUUGCGGCCAGAUCUCUGCUGGUCACCAUUAUAGUUAAUGGGGCCAGAAGGAGAUUUUUAAGCUUCCGGCAAUGCCAGAAGGCAGAGAGAUCCUGCUGGAACAGCCUGCCGGAUUACUAGCGCUAUUCUGAAGCUAGCCUUAAUGUGUUUUUUUUUUAUAUUCAUUCCCGAUCCUCAGGAAAUGUAAUUAAAGAGAAUCUGUCAGUACAUACCAGUUAAUGAAGCCAACCGACUUUGUACAUGUGCUCUUUCAUCCUGAAUACAGUUUUCUUUCUCCCAUCCUGAUCCAUGGUCCCGAUUUUGAGAACAGGGGACAUUUAUUAAAGGCUGUGUACACCUUUGGGGGCAAUUAUUAUUUUUUGUUCAUUUUUUUCAAUUGGUCUUGAUUAAAAAUAUGGAGUCCGUUUCUCUGUACAGAGCUGAGAUGCUCUACUAGCAGGAUCUGAAUUUUCUCUCUGCUCUCAGAAAGGGAGCUGAGGGGCUCCUCAUCUCUGCAAUCAGACCUUAUAAACACUCAUCGAAGCUCAAUCCUUAGGGAUGAGCAAACUUUUAAAGUUCGGGAUCGGAUAUAUGGUGGACCAUAACACAAUUCAAGAACAGAAUGCAUAACGGAAACUGGAUGGAUCCAUUAUGCUGGCCAUAGACUUUUAU